AUGGCCUCCUUAUACCAGGAUGGGUUUAAGGAAGUUCUGUGCACGGUCACAAUGGGAAGCACAGGAGGACUUGCCCUGCUCAAGCCCCUGCUCAUCCUUGCUGUCCUCUGCCAUUCAGGUUAUGGCUUGAAGUGCUAUAGCUGUAUUGCAGUAGGUACCCCCUGCAGCACGGUCACCAAUUGUACGUUUCCUUUGGAUUCAUGUCUCUUUGUCAAAGCUGCUUCAAGACUGUAUUACCAUUGUUGGAAGAUGGCAGAUUGCAAUUUCCAGUAUAUUUCAACAACCUUAGAGGAGUCAAAACUACAGUACUCCUGCUGCCAGAAAGACCUGUGUAAUAGUCAUCCCGGUACAGCCUUCCCAGGAAAAAUAGUUCUGCUGAUGACCACACUGCUGGUAGCAGCCUGGAAUCUCUGUCUCUAA